ACGGGCCGGCGGCGUCAGUCAAAAGCGCGCGCGCGCCGCGUCGAAUCGUCGCCGUCGUAUACAACACUUGACACGUCGUCGCCCGAAUCGCCGACCGCGCGCGAUAUAUAAUAUUCCGGGACGAUCGAUAGGAUUUCGCGCCGAUCGAUAGGCAGUAGAGAAGUCCCGCCGUCCGCGUCGAUCGUCGCGCCAACAAUAAUAACAUUGUUGUCGUUUGAAUAGCGAACGUCAAGCGUUCCGCCGGCGACGUUCCAAAAUGAAAACGACGCGCCGACGACGGAGCCGGAGACGGUGAAAUGCAGUACACUAUAUUACGCGUCGUCGUCUUAUCAUUAUAAUAUAUUAUUAUGUGAUACCGCGUUACCUAACCUGUAACCAGUCGCCGUCAUCGUCGGCACCGCCAUCAUCCCUUGUGCCGACAUUCCCUAGCGAGCGGAUGCGGCCCGGCACGCCGUUGAUCAUCAGCUGCAGCGCGGGCCCCAAGUCCUAUAUCGCCGCCGUCGGCCACGAUGACCGUCAGCUACCAGUCCAAGGUGUCGUCGUCGAGCAGCGCGGGAUUCACCAAACUAUUGUUCCUGUGGCGGGGUAGUCUGUACCAGGUACUGUACAGGGAACUGUUGUUGUUCAUGGUGGCGUUCGUCAUCAUCAGCGCACUGUACCGGAACGCGUUCACCGACGCGCAAAAGGAAAUAUUUGAAAAAAUAGUUCGAUACUGUGAUGCCUUUAUUAGUCAAUUACCACUAUCCUUUAUCUUAGGAUUUUACGUGACUUAUGUGGCCAAAAGAUGGUGGAACCAAUACUUGGCUAUUCCAUGGCCCGACAGAGCAAUGCAUGUGAUAUCGAUGUAUGUUGAAGGCAACGACGAUUACGGUUGUAUGAUUCGAAGAUCACUAAUGAGAUAUUUGAUUUUGACAUUGAUUUUGGUAUUGCGUUCUAUCAGUUCACCGGUAAAAAAACGUUUUCCAACAUUAGAGCACGUCGCUGAGUCAGGCUACAUGACCGCCGACGAGAUAGAAGUAUUUUAUUCACUCCCUAAGGUGGAGUUUAAUACUUAUUGGGUGCCCUGCACAUGGUUCAUAAGUCUGUUGAAAGAAGCCAGAAAGUCUAAGCGAAUUGAAGAUUCCGAAGGAGUGAAACUCAUAAUGCAGGAAUUUAUCGACUUCAGAUCAAAAUGCGGUUUUUUGUGGAGUUACGAUUGGAUCAGCAUACCGUUGGCGUAUACGCAGGUCGUUACGAUUGCAACGUAUUCAUUUUUCAUCACUGCCGUUGUCGGGAGGCAAUACGUGGAAGGAUCAAACAAAAUGCUGCAAACAGAACUUGACGUAUACAUACCGGUGUUUACAAUCGUUCAGUUUUUGUUCUUCAUGGGACUUUUAAAGGUAGCUGAACAAUUAAUAAAUCCUUUUGGUGACGACGAAGAAGAUUUUGAAUUAAAUUACUUAAUCGAUAGACACACUAAGGCAGCCUAUUUGGCUGUAGAUUACCUUGCUAAGAUUAAAAUUCCUUUGGUCAAAGAUAUUUACUUCAACGAGUUGGAAGUAUCGAUCCCGUACACAAGUGCGUCUGUACCGUUCAAAAAAAAGUCACACAGAGGAUCAGUUCACCACAUGCCCGUUCCUGAAGACCAACAUAUGAUGUUCCUACCCGAAAUAAUAGAAGAGGCCGACCCCGACCGCUCGAGAAGCAGAAGGACAUCAAUGUGUUCGACCAAGAGUGAAGGAAAAAUCAAACCGAACAGGGAUAAGUUCAAUGAUUCCUAUGGCAUUAUGCAGGUGGUACAACAGCGGACAACGUCAAACGGCUGCGGUGAAGUCGGAGGAGGACAGAACUCGAACGCGCCGGCCAAACGCGGUGGCGGCGGUUUCAGACAGCUGGCUCAGCGCAAGUCGGACGCCGCGCAACCGGUGGUGCUGGUGUCGAUGACCCGGCGACCGAGCUACAAUUCGGGACAGUGGAAGCCGUUCAAGUGGAAAUCGUCGGACAGCGGCGAACAGCGACGCGCUUCCGUCGGCGGCGGUGGCAGGCGCCCGGAACAGCAUCAGCAGACGGAUGUGGACCUGCAGAAAGCGGACCGACCGGAAACAUCGGCGACAGUGGUACCGGAAGGACGCGUCAACGCGGCGUUCGUGCCGGACAGACUGCAACACGACGUGUGAUGCGCAUUACUGCGGCGGCGCAUUUGGGAGGGAUCGUCGGGUCGUACGAUCCCCGAUCCACAAAUCCCUCUCCGCCAAUGCGAACCGAAAUUAAAAUAUUACCCCCGCCAUUUAAUCAUUCCAAUCCCAGCAGCUACACCUUAAAUGAAUAAUAGUAAUUAUUGUUGUUACGGUUGCAUAUUAUGGGUAACCGCACAACGAUUAUUUUACCAAUCAUUUUUCAAACUCCACGAGUUGUGGAACACAAUAAUAUAGUGUUACAAUAUUUUUGUUUUUGUAAAAGAUAAUAUGAUAAUAACUUAUAAAAAAAAAUUGUAUGACCUCGUCAAUUUUUACAAAAACCUUUAGUCCCCCGACUAUUCGAAAUUUAAAAAUUACAGUAUUGUCUUGCGACACUAACUAAAAAAUCCUAAGUACACCACUGACACUAACAUUAUGAGUUAAACAACUUUUUUCAAUUUUAAACUUAGAUGUUUGAUAAAAUGAAAUAAAUUCCUAUUGUAAAUUUUAAAUCGUGUACAUUUUUAUUCUGAUGAAACUGUCUUAAAUUAAAACCACGAAAUAAACCUUUUUAGACAAAUCGUUGAAACAGGACUCUUUCAUUUUAGGUAAAAAAUGUCAUUAAAAAGCCUAAACAUUUGGCUGUGGACAUUUAUUUUAGGACAGACUAGCUACGUAUUCCUCCUAAUAAUUGAUUUGAAUAUAUUUCCGUGGUCCAAUCUUUAACGUAAUCACCUCACCAGUUGAGUAAUUGUGUACAAUUAUUAUUUUAUUUAAAUGUAUCGUUAUAUUAUAUUAAAUUUACUCGCCGCCCCCCCCCCCUUCAAUAUCAGAUGCAGGCUUAUCUUCAUUAUCUUCACAUUUACUAGUUAUAUACCAAUAACGUCUCCAAGAAAGUAUGUCUUGCCGUAUAAGUGCCUAUUAUAGGGACCAAUAAUUAUAUUCCUCCUCACAUUGAUUUUUAUUUUUAUAACUGUAUAGUGUAUACCUAAUAAAUUAUAUAGGUAUAUAAUUCCAUAAUUUUUCAUGUUGUUUAUGAUUAUUUAAUACCCAGUUAAACAUAAUAAUUUAAUUUAAUUAUUAAUAUUUUCAUCAAGAUAUAUUAUUAUAUUAAUAAUAUCAUAUUAUAUUAAUAUAAUACAUACGAUAUUUUAUGGCUUUUUAUGGAUUUUCAAAUUUUAAACAACUUAUGGUACAUUCAUAUCGAAAAUUAUAAACUACAAGUAUCUAUAAUUAAAGUGGGUAGAAAGAAUUUUAAUUAUUAAUUCAAAUUUUUAAUUUUCUUAAAAAUAAAAUUAAUUAAUUUCAUGGAUAAAGACGAUGAUGAGACACUCUUAUAUAUUAUUUAUUACAGAUAUUACAUAUUGUUUUGUAUUAAUUUUCCAUUGAAUAUCCACGCAUUAUAUAAUAGAUAUAACGAUAUAAUUAUAAAUAAUAAUAUAUUAACAAAAUAACAGCCGAGAUUGUGUAGAGGGAUUUAAUUUCCCCACAAUAUAGUCUUUGAUGGACCUUUUCUUUUUACCAUAAUUUUUUAAUCCCUCCCCAAACGAGUCAUGACGUAUUCGCCUGUACAAUAGGAAUAUUCUAUAAACAAUACUUAUAAACCCAACGUAUUUGUACGUUUAUACUCUACAUGAGUUUACAGAACAAUUAUUUAAAACGCCUCGUAUUAUAGUUGUAAAUAAAUAUAGACGUACUUAUUUUUAUUACAUACCUAAUAAUAUGGCAAUAAUUAUUAUAGAUCAGCUGUAUAAUAUUUAAAGUAUACAUAAUAUAUGUAUGUGUCGUGUGUGUAUGUACUGUAUAUAUACAUUAUUUAUAAUAUUAUAUAUAUUUUAUUGUAAUAUUGUACAUUGAAAAAUCGUCUAGCAAGCGAAACGAUGGAAAUUACUAUAUUGAUUCGUGUAUUUCGAAAAUAAUAUGAUUUACACAUAAUACCUAUUCCAAUUAUAAACUUAUAUUAUAUUAGUUAAUAGGUAAGUAUUUUGUAUUAAACUA